ACGCCCAUGUGCAUUGAAUAAGUACCGUUGUGUUUGUAGCUCAGCUCUCAGUUCAGAUCAAGGCAACAGGUCGCACUUUUGUCUAGUACAGUUUGCGGAACAGUAACCGAGAAUGGCAUCAAUGGGACUUCAGAUUCUGGGCAUAGCCCUGUGUGUGUUCGGGUGGCUGGGAGCCAUCAUUACCUGCGUGCUGCCCAUGUGGAGAGUGACCGCUUUCAUUGGGAACAACAUCGUGGUGGCGCAGAUUAUUUGGGAAGGUCUUUGGAUGAACUGCAUUGUUCAGAGCACUGGGCAGAUGCAAUGUAAGGUGUACGAUUCCCUGCUAGCCCUCUCCCAAGAUCUCCAGGCUUCCAGAGCGCUGACCGUUAUUGCCAUCGUGGUGGGAGUCCUGGGCAUCCUCAUCUCCAUCGUGGGAGGGAAAUGCACCAACUGUAUAGAAAACGAGGCAACAAAGGCCAAAGUCACAAUUAUAUCGGGAAUUAUCUUCAUCCUGGCUGGAGUCUUGACCCUGAUCCCAGUGUCCUGGUCAGCGAACACCAUCAUCAAGGAUUUCUACAACCCGCUGGUGACGGACGCCCAGAGGAGAGAACUUGGAGCUUCCUUGUACAUCGGUUGGGGAACCUCGGGUCUGCUGAUCCUCGGAGGGGCUCUGCUCUGCUGUUCCUGCCCUCCCAAAGACGAGAAUUCCUACACGGCAAAGUAUUCUGCGGCGAGAUCUUCAGCUCCGAGUAAGAACUACGUGUAAACUCAACGUUACUUAAUCAAGUCGACACUUGCUGAAAAAUGACUUUAUUCUUCAGUUUUGUAAACUGAGGAGCUCUUUCGAGCAUGGAUUUACGACACCAUUAUUUUUUUAACUAUAGUGAGAUCAAACGGUAUUUUCUUCCGUUAAAUGAAAACUACUAAUUAUAAAUUAAAGCAAUUUUGGUGAAAUGUUUUAAAGUUAGAUCCUGAACAUCGAUGUUAUACUGUUUUUAAAAUAGGAAAACGACCUUUUGUGGGGUCCAGUAAUGGGUUUAGUUUUUUUCUGGGGGAAGAAAACUUAAUUUGCUUCAGGUGCAGUUUAUGUGAAGACUGUUGCGAAUGUAACAUGAGAAUCGGACAAUAUGUACACUUGAGCGGAACACGGAGUUUUACCCCUAUUUGUCAAUUGAAUGAUCCCGUCCGGCAUUAACCUACAAGCCGAUCUCUUUUAUAUAAAUUUCAUUUUUUAAAAAAAUAUUCGCUUUUGUAAUGUAAUUUUAAAUAUUUACUCCUGCAUUUUCCUGUUCGCGUUACAUUGGUUUACAACAUAUUCGACUGAAUCAAUAAACAGCAAGUUUGUUUCCUUUAA